AUGGAGCCGCCGUCGCCAUCGAGUGAUCCUCCACCUGUCGUAGCGAGUAAUACCUCGCCACGUGUCUUCAACGUGAAUGUUGGCAUUCUGGGGCACAUCGACAGCGGCAAAACUAGCCUCGCCAGGGCGCUGAGCACGCUGCUGAGCACCGCCGCGUUGGACAAGCACCCGCAGAGCGCGGAGAGGGGGAUCACCCUCGACCUCGGGUUCUCCGCCUUCCAGGUGGACGUCCCUCCAUCCCUUGUUGGUCAGCUGCCAUUCGAAAAGAUUCAAUUCACUCUCGUUGACUGCCCCGGCCACGCCUCCCUCAUCCGCACCAUCAUUGGAGGCGCACAGAUCAUUGAUAUGAUGCUGCUUGUGGUCGAUGCCACCAAGGGCAUUCAGACGCAGACUGCAGAGUGUUUGGUGGUCGGUGAGGUGUCUCCCACCAAGGAGAUGGUUGUCGUUCUCAACAAAACGGACCUGUUGCCUGCUGCCACGAAGCAAGCACAGAUCGAUAAGAUGAGGAAGAGACUGCGAGCCACGUUGAAAGGAACCAAAUUUGCCGAUGCUGCCAUGGUUGCAACAGCAGCAGCAGCCGUGCCAUCAGCGGCACCAGCAGCAGCAGCAGCAGCAGCAGCAGCAGAGGGCAUAGCUAACGUCAUUAACGAGCUAAUGGCACGGGUGUCCUCCAUAUCUCGGUCGUCAGAGGGGCCUUUCCUAUUUGCCAUAGACCACUGCUUUCCGAUCAAAGGCCAGGGCACAGUGAUGACAGGGACAGUGCUGAGAGGCCACGUGGCAGUGAAUGAUUCGCUGGAGCUCCCUCUCCUCAAGCUGCAGAAGAAGGUCAAGAGCAUGCAGAUGUUUCACAGACCAGUCACUCUCGCCUCUCAGGGCGACCGUGUGGGUCUGUGUGUCACCCAGCUUGACCCGAAGCUCAUCGAGAGAGGAAUUGCAGCUGCUCCAGGUUCAGUCCCUCUUCUCUCUGCUGCGAUCGCAGCCGUUCAUCCCAUCCGAUUCUUCAAAGGGCCCCUCACGUCAAACUCUAAGUUUCAUGUAACGGUGGGUCACUCCACGGUCAUGACAAGUGUCACCUUCUUCGCUCAUCCCUCUGUACAUUCAUCUACAGCAUCAGACACGCCGUUUGAUUUCUCCCUUGAUUACCCUCACAUGGAUAAUUUACAAGAUAGUGACACGCUCUCAGCACUGUCAGGCGCAGAGCAGCAACUAAGGACUGUACCAUCUCAAGGCCAGCAGCAGCCCGAGGAGCAAGCAACUGAGGCUCCAUCGCGCACACACUUUGCCCUCCUAGUGUUUGAAUCCGAGAUUGCAUGUCCAAGUGAUGCUUUGCUCAUAGCAUCUCGCCUCGACUCUGACAUUCACACCAACACGUGCCGCAUGGCCUUCCAUGGCCGUAUCCUCGCCCCCAUUGAUCCCACCACCAUGCACUCAGGCUCUCAGGCUCUGCGUGUAUACAAGCUGAAGACCAGGGAGGGAGUGAUUGACCGGGUGGUUGACUCGCAUUCUCUCAUCGGCCGGGGGCUCUUCAAGAAGGAAACCGACAUCUCCAAAUUCGUGGGGCUUAAAGUCACUACAGUGGAAGGAGCACAAGGAACAAUUCAGUCUCCGUUUGGCAAGUCAGGCAAAUUCAAG